AUGGAUUACGUCCGCGGCCGCAACGGGGCGGGGGCUGAGAGCUGCCCGUUCGGCACGCUCCAAGCGCCGGCGGAGGAGUGCGAGGCUGCGGCAGGGGCUCUGAGUCUUGCGUGGUUUGGGCAGAUCGCGGCCAGUGGGGCUCUGCAAGGGUGCAUCGCUGACUCCUCCAACGCGUACUUCAACUUGAACGGGGCGAGCUCCACCUCGCGAGAGGACAUCGCGCCCCUCUGCGCCCUGAUUCCGACGACCACGUCAAGCAGGUCGUCAACCAGUAGCUCAACCACUUCAACGUGGAUCACUAACUCCUCUACUUCAACAACUUUAUCACGCACCAGCACAAGCACAAGUACAAGCACGAGCACGAGCACGAGUUCAAGCACGAGCACAACCACAAGCCCUACCACCAGCAGCGACAUGCGCGGCUUACAAACAAGCACCGAUAUGGUCACCACUUUCAUACCGACGGCCAGAACCACAGCAUCAGCGGCGCCUGCGUCGUCAUUGACUACAACCUUGGCUCAAGAGGAAAGCAACAGCUCUUUGGACUUUUGGUCUUUAUCAGCAGAUGGCUUGAUGCUUGACCGGGUUCAUGUCACUGUGCGAACAAAGCUAUUUGCUCCGAGCGAUGUGAAUGACAGUCCAGUGCCGCUGGUGCUUUUACAAUCUCAACGGUCGACAUUCGUGAGCUAUGUAGAUGGUGGCAGUAUGACCAUCUCAGAUCUGUGGCACGAUUCAUUUUCACAGAAGCAUUUGGCCUCCCAAUGGACUGGCAAGACCACUUUUUACCUUACGCGGAACGGUACAGACUGGCAGGCAGAUUAUGGUUUUCCAAGUUCUGGCUUUCGCUGUGCAGUCAGCUACAGUCAGCUACUUCCGAUUUUGCUUUCGCUUUGUAAGCUGCAGAUGGGAUAGAGGUUCUCGAAGAGACAUCUCAAUCUUGAUCAAUCAGCGUGGAAUGGGCGCUCGAGAUUGCCGAGCGCGUCAGUGCCGAGCUCAAAUUGAGCUGAGUGCCGCCAUCAUUACUCUUUUCCCCUGGCCAGAAACCAGGUCAGAGCAUGCGAAUG